AUUUGCAGAAGCGUAUCGUGGUUUUCUGAUUUAGUUGGUUUAUAAAGAUUUUUUUAUCUUUGAAAUAUUAAAACAGGAGAAUUGUUAAUUGUGAGAUUACGCAAAUGUGUUUUUAAGAAAUAUAAUAAGAGCUCACAUUUGUUUGGACAAAACCAAAAGUUUGGUACAAGGUUUUGCUAUUUGCCGGGAAGUGCUGAAACAAUAGGGGGUGAUAGAUAGUUUCUAACAAAAUGUCGAAAUCGUAUUCGGGGAGAGACCGAGACCGGGAUCGUGAACGAGAACGGGAUCGGGAGCGCGAGAAGCGGCGCUAUUCCAGAAGCCGGUCGAGAACACCGAAAGAGGCCAAGCCAUUUCGAAAUGACAAUGGAAAUAGCCGAAAUCGUGAUGAUCGAAAAAAAGACAGAGAUAGGGAGCAGCGAGAAAUUGACCGCAAUAGGCGGGAAGAUAAACGUCGGAAGCGGUCAAGAUCAAAAUCCAUUCCUAAAGAUUACGACCGGGAAAAAUCGAGAUUUUUAGAUCGUGAAAGAGAAAAGGAUAGAGAACGUGAGCGGGAGCGUGAAAGGGAACGAGAACGGGAAAGGGAUCGUGAACGUGAACGAGAACAACGUGACCGUGAUAGAGAAAGGGACAGAGACCGGGAACGAGAACGGGAACGUGAUCGUGACCGUGAGCGUGAUCGAGAGCGGGAUCGAGACCGUGAUCGGGAUCGCGUUCGUGAAACAGAAAACGAAAAUAGGCGCAAUGUUAUACAGCCAGUGGCAAAGAUAGUCCCAGAAGAACCAAGCAGCUCCUCAGAAGAAGAAAUUGACAAAGAAGAAGAGCAACGUCGACUUGAACAAGAGAUGAUAAAAAGACGAGAACGCAUUGAACGCUGGCGAGCAGAGCGUAAACUAAAAGAAUUGGAAGGUAAUAAAAAGGAUCUAAAGUCUUUGUCAGUACAAUUGCCAAUUAGCACGUCGAAGAAGUGGAGCUUAGAAGACGAGUCCGAGGAGGAAGACAAUAAUGUUAAUCCAAUAGUACCCACAACUGAUAUUAAAAAAGAGCCGGACUCGCCACCGCCAAAAUUCCAACGUUUGAAAAAAUUGCAAGAUGAAAACGAUGAUGAAAAUGAUGAAAAGCCAAAAAUAAAAAAAUUAUCAAAACUUGACGACGAGGACAAUGUUGACGAAAAGCCUACAACAAGCCAAAUUGAAGAAAAUGAUGAUAUAGAUCCGUUGGAUGCUUAUAUGCAAGAGGUAGAUAAGGAAGUGCGGAAAGUAAAUCACAUAGUAACACAACCAAAAAAGCAACAGGGCGUUGUCAUUCUCACUGGAGUGGCCAAAAAGAAUACAGAAAAGUCGAAUAAAGGCGAACUACUGGAACAAAAUAUGGAUAGCCUUGAAUAUUCAAGUGAAGAAGAAUUAGAAGACAUAAAAGACACUGCCGCAAAUUUGGCCAACAAACAUCGUAAAGAAUUGGCUAAGAUCGAUCACUCUGGGGUAAAUUACGCGCCAUUUCGCAAAAAUUUCUAUGUCGAAGUGCCAGAGUUGGCGCGAAUGAAGCAACAAGAUGUGGAUAAAUAUCGCUCUGAACUGGAAGGUAUUCAAGUUAAAGGAAAGGGGUGUCCCAAACCUAUUAAGACUUGGGCACAGUGUGGUGUGAGCAAGAAAGAAAUGGAUAUUUUGCGCAAGCUAGGGUUCGAGAAACCGACUCCCAUCCAGUGUCAGGCGAUUCCGGCCAUUAUGUCUGGACGAGAUUUGAUAGGUAUUGCUAAAACUGGCAGUGGCAAAACGCUCGCAUUCAUUUUACCAAUGUUUAGGCACAUACUGGAUCAGCCGCCACUAGAGGAUGGUGAUGGUGCAAUUGCCAUAAUAAUGGCACCAACGCGCGAACUUUGUAUGCAAAUCGGCAAGGACAUACGCAAAUUCUCAAAAAGUAUAGGUCUGCGUCCUGUAUGCGUCUAUGGCGGCACUGGUAUUUCUGAACAAAUAGCUGAGUUGAAGCGUGGCGCGGAGAUCAUUGUGUGUACGCCCGGACGCAUGAUCGACAUGUUAGCAGCCAACUCUGGACGCGUCACAAAUUUGCGUCGUGUGACGUAUAUCGUGCUGGACGAAGCUGAUCGGAUGUUUGAUAUGGGCUUUGAACCACAAGUGAUGCGCAUUAUCGACAAUGUGCGUCCAGAUAGACAGACGGUGAUGUUUAGUGCUACAUUUCCUCGUCAAAUGGAGGCGCUGGCCCGUCGAAUACUUAAAAAGCCAAUUGAGGUAAUUGUCGGCGGACGGUCUGUGGUGUGCAAGGAUGUCGAGCAAAAUGUGGCCAUUUUGGAGGAUGAGGCGAAAUUCUUUAAACUUCUUGAGCUUCUAGGGGUUUAUCAGGAACAUGGAAGUAUAAUAGUUUUCGUGGAUAAGCAGGAGAAUGCCGACAUUUUACUCAGGGAUCUUAUGAAGGCUUCAUAUCCCUGCAUGAGCUUGCACGGUGGUAUUGACCAGUUUGAUCGAGAUUCCACUAUACUUGAUUUCAAAUCGGGAAAAGUGCGUCUAUUGAUUGCAACGUCUGUAGCUGCCCGUGGCUUAGAUGUUAAGGAUUUAAUAUUGGUAGUAAACUAUGACGUACCAAAUCACUACGAAGACUACGUCCACAGAUGUGGUCGAACUGGACGUGCUGGCAAGAAGGGUUGUGCUUGGACGUUCCUCACAGCAGAGCAAGCCCGAUAUGCUGGCGAUAUUGUUCGUGCUCUUGAAUUAUCUGAAGCUAAAGUUCCUGAAGAACUUCAAAAGCUCUGGACUGAGUAUAAAACUGCGCAAGAAGCUGAAGGCAAAAAAGUUCAUAGCGGUGGUGGGUUUAGUGGCAAAGGAUUCAAGUUUGACGAACAAGAAGCCAAUGCUGCAAAGGAAAGCAAAAAAUUGCAGAAAGCUGCUCUUGGACUGGCCGAUUCGGAUGAUGAGGAGGAUAUUGAACAAGACAUAGAUCAACAAAUUGAGCAGAUAUUUGCAGCUAAACGAACGGUAAAAGAUACCUCGGUUCCCACGCCUGCUGUGACAGUCACAGCAACAGCCGGUACAAAUACAACUGGUGUCGCCAGCGUGACGGUCGCCGCUUCCGGCUCAGACAAGCUAGAAUUGGCAAAACGCCUCGCCUCGAAGAUAAGUACGACAAAGAAUUUGGGGGCUGAUGGUAAAGUGAACACCCAGGUUUCUGCUGAAACAAUACUCAAGGGUGGUAGUACAGGUCAACCUAUGAUAACGGCCCGUUCCGUAGUAGAACAAUUGGCAGCUAAACUAAAUAACAAAUUAAAUUACCAACCUAAAGAUGAUGAAGAUGGAGCUAAUCCCUUGUUACCCAAUCAACCAAAUUCAUUCACAAAAUAUGAAGAAGAGCUGGAAAUCAAUGACUUCCCUCAGCAGGCCCGCUGGAAGGUAACAUCUAAGGAAGCGUUGGCUCAAAUAUCAGAAUAUUCUGAAGCUGGUCUGACUGUGCGCGGUACAUAUGUACCAACCGGCAAAAAUCCACCUGAAGGUGAACGUAAACUAUACUUGGCUAUCGAAAGCUGCAGCGAAUUGGCUGUACAGAAGGCGAAGCGCGAAAUAACACGUCUUAUUAAAGAGGAAUUAUUAAAGUUAAGCUCAGCCCAUCACGUCUUCAAUAAAGGCAGAUACAAGGUACUCUAGUCGGUCUUAAUUUAAAAAUAAAUAUUAUUUUUUACUAGAAUUUAAAAUUCAUAUGCAUAUAUUGUAUUAAUAAAAUGAAUAUCCGGAAGGAUGUGUAUGUGAAACCGUA